AUCUCUCCUCUCAACCGAGUGCACUCGGUGCACUGAGGGAUCGAUAUUCGAUCCUCGGCGAUCGCGCGCGCGAGGACGACAUCUGUCAAAAGUGUCGAAUCGGUAGCGAAGGGCAACGAGAUAUGGUGUACGGAGGAGGAUUCGACAUGGUGGAGACGAUGCCGCAGACGGUGCCGACAGCGGCCGGGUACUCGCCGUCAUUCGACUACGGCACUUUUCAGUUCGAUUUGUCUCUCCUGCCGGACGAUUACAGCCCGACCGGCCGCGACGCCGGCGGCCAGGCCUGUUUGAAAAGUUCGCAGAUCAAGCAGGAGGCACGCUCGCCACGCCCGGGAUCGCCCACGAUCUACCAGAGCCCACCGUAUCCAACCGGCGAGUUGCCCUUGUCACCCAACUACUCGCACGAGGGUUCCUCGCCGGGAUAUCCGACGAGUCCCUAUUACGUACCCAGGAGCCCUCAGAGCGCCCAGUUUUACCCCACCAGCCCGGAACCGUCCGCGGCAAACGUCAAGCAAACGGUCAAGAGGGAGAAGAGCCUCGAUCUUUUGGCUAUUCUUCAGGAAUCCAGACUCUUAGCCGAGAGUCUGGGUUACCGCGAGGACUCAACCGACUGCACAGUGCCCUGUACUCCGCCUCGAAGCGAGGAGGAUAUCUAUAACAGUCUCGACGUCGACUUCCUACCCCGGAAGAAGGAGAACCCCGGCGUGCAGGGGCAUCCGUUGCUGAAAGAAAUCCUUUUCAAGGAGGAACCGCGAUCCGUUUCUAGCAACAACGGUUCGUCCUCUUUAUCAUCCUCCUCUUCGUCUUCGCCUAGUCCCUCGAGCGAAUUUGAGGGUAGUUCAGCGUUGCACGAACUCCUCUUCAAGGGCGCCGCCCUUCGUAAGGAUCUUGUGGUAAUUUCCAAGACGAGUCAGCUUAAGGUGGAACGAGGAUCGCGAGAAGAACUGGCGAAUCCUUUGCGAAAGGAGGAAGAACUGUUCAAGGACGGGCAGAAGAGCGAUCAUCAGCUGCUGCGAGAAGUGCUGAGGGAUACUAGCUUCCAGAGGAAGUACAAUCUAAGACCUGUCGAUCUCGGCGGCGUCGGCACUGGUUUCGUCGAGGACAUGGAGACCGGCGAAUGCGUCGGCGACCUCGCCCGCGAACAGCUCGAGCCCGUCCUCAGUCUGGCUAUUCAGCAACUACAGAAGGACUUUGACAACACCUGCGUGGCGCUCGGCAUUCACCCAGAGCCCAGACGCUGGAGCGCAGCGGAUGUGGCGGCUUGGGUACAGUGGGCCAGGCGGCAAUUGCAAUUGCCUUCGGUGCCUAUGGAGAGCUUCAACGUGGAUGGUGCGACGCUGGCCUCCCUCACGGAAGAAGAAUUCUGCCAGAGAGCUCCCCAGUGCGGGAGCAUGCUGCACGCACAGUUGGAGAUCUGGAAGGCCGCCGUCGAGGAAUCACCACGAAACACUCUAGCCGCUUCCUGGACUCCCACGGGAGUAGUUCAGUCUCCAAACAGCGCCGUGACUCCGACAGUUGGAAAUACAAUAGUUGGCCUCAAGGAGUCUCCCUGCACUAUUGAUUUCUCAGAUGACGAGGAUGAGGAUUGCGCUUCCGCUCAGAGCAGCGGGAACGAUGACAACGGCGGCGCGGGCGGUAAGAUGCGCAACGGCGGUAGCCACAUUCACCUCUGGCAGUUCCUGAAGGAGCUGCUGCAGAGUCCGGGUGUCCACGGCUCCUGCAUACGCUGGCUGGAUCGCAACAAGGGGGUCUUCAAGAUCGAAGACUCGGUGCGCGUGGCGCGACUCUGGGGCAAGCGAAAGAAUCGGCCCGCGAUGAACUAUGACAAGCUCAGCCGCAGCAUCCGACAGUACUACAAGAAGGGCAUCAUGAAGAAGACGGAGCGUAGCCAGAGACUGGUAUACCAGUUCUGUCAUCCUUAUUGUCUAUAAGGAACGUUUCUCCGUCUCUCCCUCUCUCUCUCUCUCUCUCUCUCUCUCCCCCUCUCAAUCUCUUUUCCUUUGUGCGAGUAGGCGCACGUGGUCUCUGGAGCGAGUGACCUCAACAAGAGCCCACCAGCACAAAGAUCGAAAGGUAAAAAAAG